AUGUCGCACGUGGUGGUGAUCGGCACGGAUUUGCGGAGAGCUACAGUCAAGGUCAGCCCAGGCACCUACAUGACAGAUGUUCUCCAGGAGGCAUGCAAGAAGCUCAACGUCUCGAGCGAUAAAUACCUCUUGAAGCACAAGCAAAAGACAGUCGACCUCUCCGUGGUCUGGCGAGUGAGUGGCCUCACCCCCGGCGCCAAACUCGAGCUCGUCCAGAAAUCCAAGACACCUUCGGUCGUUUCCGUCGCACUCCAGCUGCCGAGCCCCGAGGCUAACGCGGCGCCGAAUGGUCGGUUGAUCGAGAAGCUACCCAGUGACUUGACGAUAUGGAAAGUACUGCGUCAAUUCGAGAGCGGUGUCGCGGGCCACGGAAAGAACCUCAACAUCACAGCCCGGGGAGUAGCGCAAACAACAAGUGGAGGUGCGAGCGGGAGCGGCCAAAUGUACUACGAGACACCAGUCCUCAACAUCAUGGGCCGGGAGCUUGCAACGUUCGAAGACUUCCAAAAGACACUAUCACAACUGGGAUACAACUCGGGCAGCGUCCUGAUCCGCUUGUCGUUUAGAAAGACAGACCGCACGCUGUUUCAGGCUAUGGAGGACAUUAGUGGAUUCUUCUCCGAGGUUGAGGCAGAGCAGAAGGAGAUAGCCCCAACCCCCGCGCCUGCUGUGGAGGGAGCAGAAUCCAUGGCAGCUGAUAUUGCAGCCGAUACACCGAAGGGGACAGAUAAAGAGCACUCUGGUGAUGUACUAACGCAAGAAGCAUCAAGUCUAGAGACGCAGGCAGAGGGUGCCAUGGAGAUUGAUCAAGCAGAGCCGGCAGACCCUUUGCAGCCUGUCAGCGUCUUUCGGGCACCAAGUGGAACGACUCCUGCGGCAGCCCUCGCAGAUGUACCAGAAGACGACUAUGCGCCGACGAUUGCACACGCCCAACUACACCAGGCUCGCCUUCAGCAGAGCGCACUUAACAAGCGACUCCCCUCCGACAAAGAGCUGGAGGCUCAAAGACAAGCCGAGGAAGCCCGUCUAGCAGCUGUUACCACAGUUCCGAUGAAAGUGCGGUUCCCGGACAACACUUCUGCGCAGUGGACAUUUGGUCAUGACGCUACGGGUGCUACCCUCUAUCAGGGCGUGAGAUCCGUCAUGGCCCACAACACCCAGGGCUUCAAGUUGGUCAUACCGGGCAGCAAGGUCGUCAUCAAGGAUGAUGAAAGUGCGAAGAACCGCUUGAUUCACGACUACAAACUCACUCGCAGUGUGCUACUUAGUCUGGUCUGGGACGAUAAGGUGCCAGUGGAUAUCCGCAAUAAGCCCUUCCUCAAGGGCAGCAUCGCUCAAAAGGCCCAGGAUGUGACAGUACCGGACAUCCCCAAGGGCGAUGACACGAAUGAGGAACAGGCCGUAGCUUCCUCCUCGAAACCGGAGAAGAGGGAGGGGGGUGGGGAUGGCAGUGUUGCGAAGAAGCUUCCCAAGUGGCUCAAGCUGCCUGGAAAGAAAUAG